CAUGGCUGCUGUUAGAAUGCCUAUUGUUAGAAUGGGAGCUGCGGAAUGGUGCCUUGUCAUGGUGCUUCUUGUUGGGAGCAUGAAAGUCUCUUGUUUUCCUUUUGGUGAGUUCCAGAAGCCAGAUGUGAUCUCUCUGACAGGAAUUCAAGAGAAUCCGGACAAUGGCGGUUCCAAAAGCACACCUGCCACCACUCAUCACGGUUCAUUUGUAGUUACCGACAUGGCUAAUGACCUUGACGAGCAGCCCACGGGCUCGGCCACCACCACCGCGGCGGCGGGCGAGGAACCCACGGGCUCGGCCACCACCACCGCGGCGGCGGGCGAGGAACCCACGGGCUCGGCCACCACCACCGCGGCGGCGGGCGAGGAACCCACGGGCUCGGCCACCACCACCGCGGCGGCGGGCGAGGAACCCACGGGCUCGGCCACCACCACCGCGGCGGCGGGCGAGGAACCCACGGGCUCGGCCACCACCACCGCGGCGGCGGGCGAGGAACCCACGGGCUCGGCCACCACCACCGCGGCGGCGGGCGAGGAACCCACGGGCUCGGCCACCACCACCGCGGCGGCGGGCGAGGAACCCACGGGCUCGGCCACCACCACCGCGGCGGCGGGCGAGGAACCCACGGGCUCGGCCACCACCACCGCGGCGGCGGGCGAGGAACCCACGGGCUCGGCCACCACCACCGCGGCGGCGGGCGAGGAACCCACGGGCUCGGCCACCACCACCGCGGCGGCGGGCGAGGAACCCACGGGCUCGGCCACCACCACCGCGGCGGCGGGCGAGGAACCCACGGGCUCGGCCACCACCACCGCGGCGGCGGGCGAGGAACCCACGGGCUCGGCCACCGCCGCGGCGGGCGAGGAACCCACGGGCUCGGCCACCGCCGCGGCGGGCGAGGGGCCCACGGGCUCGGCCACCACCACCGCGGCGGGCGAGGGGCCCACGGGCUCGGCCACCACCACCGCGGCGGGCGAGGGGCCCACGGGCUCGGCCACCACCACCGCGGGCGAGGAACUUCUGUAG